AUGUCACAUAAAGCCUCGAAGUUCCUGCUCAAGACGACCAAUGCUCCCAGAUAUGCGUACCGACAUCUACUGGAACCCAUGGCCAGGACCACCGAUGCCUCUUUCCUGGGCUUACAGCGCAGCACAAGGGCGAGCAAGUACCACGAGUGUCUGCGUCAUUCCGAUCUCGUGGUGAUGGUGAACUGGGUGCAGACAGAUCUGGUGUUCAACCAGCCAUACUAUUGGAAGAUGUUUGCCAAGAAACUAGAGGAUGGAGUGUUCCACCAUGAGCCCGUCGAUUCGAAGCUGUACAACGAGUUGUUCGGAAUCCCAGAUGCAGACCCGUCGAGCAACAAGACAGACGUCAGGAUAUGGACUCAAGACAAGCUGAACCUGCAGACGUUGAACCACCUGCUAGAGAUGGUCAGGCGAGACGACAGCAAAUUUUCCAUCAGCAGCAUUGGAAUCAACGUGAACGCAAAGGAGCACGAGAUGAACGCCGCAACGUACAUCCAGCACCUAGUGAGGGAGUCGACUGAGAAGUACAAUAACAUAAACUACGAGAAAUUGCUACAGAUAGCAAGAGAGCAGAGAACCACCCCCACGUCUCACGAACGAAUAUUCAAAGACCUACUACUGAACCUGGCGGACCUAGAGCUCACCAGGACAAGCCUCGCAAAGGACAAACGAUGGAUCUUCUUCACAGCACCGGUACCCUAG